AUUGAUUCCGUGACUUCCAGAUAUCAGUCGCCUUUUUCGUUUUUCAGAUCUGUGCACAAAUCCGCCUUAAUUCUAUAUCGGUAAACUAUUCGCCAGUAACUAUCCGCCAGUGGAUCCACUUAUUUGUUCGCUCGCUCAGUACGUUCGCUCGCUACAACGGUCGCGUGAGAAAAGGGUCGAAUACAUCGCUACGCGUCUCGUCGUGCCGAUAUUUGUCUAUCGAUAUUUGAUGCCCGAAUCUUCCCGAGACAAUUGAGCAGAAUUAGCGCGAAGUUUAAACUAGUUUUCUCAACAAUAACAUAUUUCGAUAUUUAAAAACAGUACUUCUAGAUUCUUCUGAGUAAAUCCAAAUGCAUAUGAAAAAAAGCUAUACCUGCAAGAAACUGCUGGUAUUUAUUAGUCAUUACCGCGACUUCAAGUAAUGGUAUAGAUAUCUUUGAGAUACAUCGCACGCUGUUGUCUUUAACAGAGAAGUGAACUGUACGACUGCACAAAGUGGAAUGAAACGCAUGAAAUUCUUGCGUUAGGGAAAAGAUAAACUACGCAUGCAUGGAUUUCGAUCAAGAUAUUAUUUUACGAAUAUUUUUCCGUGAGAAGUAACCACAUGUCGAAUUUCCCUCAACAUUAUAUUGAUCACUUAAUCGUCGUCUUCUAGGGAGUAAGUGACAAAGUAUGAGUGUAUCGAUCGCAUUAUGUGCUAUCCUAUACUCUGUUUAUUUUAUUAAACAAUUUGCGUGGCAAUUUACUUUGGUAAAGAAAAAUGAUACAAUUUUAUAUAAUGUUAUAUGAUUAUAUAAUUCGCAAGUGCUCUUAUGCAAAUGAGGUUCUACGAACCGUCACAAAAUAUUUUUCUGUCAAACGUAUCUCGAUCAACUCAGGAUCGUUUGUAAAAUGAGUAUCUCCGUCCAAGAACGGUAUUUCAGCUACAAUAAAAUUAUAUUACUCGCUGUUGGCUUGUGGCCUUAUCAACAAUCACAAGUUGUUCGAUUUCAGACAACAUUUUUUCUCAGUAUUUUGAUAAGCUUCGUCAUAUUAAUGCUUUCAAGACUUCGUUUUACGGAUUACUCCUUUGAAUUUAAUAUUCAUUUGCUUUGUACGUCAACGUAUUUUACUUUUCUUCUGAUUAAGUAUAUCUCCUUUUGGCUUAACAUAGAAACUAUAAGAUAUGCAUUGGAGCAAUUUCAAGACAUCUACAAGAGGCUAAAGGAUUCGAAAGAAAUUGCAAUCUAUAACAAAUAUGGAAAUAUUGGAAAACGAAUAACGAUCGCCCUUAUAAUAGUUGCAAUAUGCAAUCAUGUUUAUCUUACUGCAAUACAAUGUGGGCCAUACAUUUUGGAUAUGAUUAUACCCAAAAAUGAGACCUACGCGCAUCACUUCAUAGAGGUCAUGACUAAUUCCUUCGCCGUACAAGAAAAAGAUUUCUAUUUAUUUCUUCUGCAUCUAAACGCAGUUCUUGCUAUAGGAUCAAUUGCAUUCGUAGCGGUAGGGACAAUGCUGUUAUCAUGUUUCAAACUUAUCUGUGGAAUGUUCAGAAUUGCUAGCUAUCGCUUUGACCGAGCAAUACUGGCUACGUUACAAAGUAUUGGCUUAAAAAAUGAAACAAGGAUUUACAAGGAAUUGAUCUAUGCCGUGGACAUUCAUCGCAAAGCUAUGCAGUUUGCCAAAGUUUUUGUGGGCGACAUGGAACGAUCACUUUUCUUUGUUACAAUGAUUACUGUGCUUUGUAUGAGUUUGAAUUUUUAUGCAAUAUUUCAAAUUGAAUCACCUGUGCAAGAAAUAGAAAAGAUAAUGGGACAUCUUCUUCUUAUCAUUUUUAUUUUUAUAUACAUGUUUGUAGCCAACUACGCUGGACAGGAAAUUACAGAUUAUAAUAAUCAUAUGUUUCUUACGGUAUACAAUACUCCAUGGUACUUAGCACCGUUGCAGAUACAGAAGUUGACCUUGUUCUUAUUACAAAGAAGUAACAAAGCUUUCGCAUUAAGUCUCGGUGGAUUAUUCACAUUAUCUAUAGAGUGCUUUGCUUCGCUAGUAAGUGCAUCGGUAUCUUACUGCACUCUUAUGCUUUCUUUCUAAUAAUAACGAAAAUAUAACACAUCCAAUAAUAUCGUACAUUAGAAUAGAGUAAAUAGAUAUAAAACUGGAAACGAAAAUACCGACAUUCUCUUAUCUCACAUUGAGUUCAAAAACUUAGGAAGUUGCUAAGAAGAUUGGUAGCAUUUUCCUUUCAAAACCAUAAUUUUAUGCAUAAAGUAAGCAAAGAGAAAUAUUAUUUGACUUGUAGGUACAAUCAGAUAAACAGACAAAACCAGGUCUGAAGUUUUUCUCACAUUUAAACGUAUAAAAUUUAUCAUUCGACUAAAAGUUGCGAAUAAGAAGGGAUGGUAUGGUGAUGAUUAAUACGUGACAUAUUAUAGUAAUUUAAAUAUUAAGUAUUAAGUAUUAAAUAUUAAGUAUGUUACUUAAUUAUGUGAAGAAGUAAAGUAAAUAUUAAAUAUUCAGUGAUCGAGCUUGCGAAGAUAUUGUAUUCUAUAAGGAAAUAUAUGGUAGUAAAACAAUA